AAGUAGUUAAAAUUGGCAAACCUCAGGGACGAAAACAGAAAUUUACUCUUAAAAAAACAUAAUUUGAAGCAAGGGGUUUAAAUAAUUAGGUAGUUAUCAAGUUAAAUAGUGGUUAGAUACUUCCAAAAUUUUGAACAAUAUAUAUAUACACACAUACUACACUGGCAACAGUGUGUGUGAGUUACAACAAGAAAGAUGAUGAUGUCACAUCCUCCCUUCCUAUCACCCACAAUCUCUUCAGUUUCAUCCUCCGAUUUCGAUACCGAGUCAACCGGGUCGUUUUUCCACGAUCGUAGCAUCACCUUAGGAGCUUUAAUGGGCGUGACGACGUCGUUUCCCACCCUCACAUUCAGAACCCCUCCUCGUCGUCAAAACGGGUCACCCGCUAUAACACUAGGAUCAAUUUCAAAUAAUAGAAAUGUUGUCCGGCGGAGGAGGAGUGGCGUGGACACGACAACAGGUAUUAUGGUGGAGCGGCGGCGGAAGAGGGUUAGAAAAAGGAGCUGGUGGUGGUUGUGCAGUGGAGAGGCUUCAAAGCCUUCUUCACUCCGUGAGUUUCUAGAGAUUGAGCGGAGGUUUGGGGCGGAUGCACUGUUUAGUGAUGCACUGAUGGAUGUCAACUUUAGUGAUCAUCGCCGGAAUGGUGGUCGGAUGUUGUUUGCUAAUGGAAGAGUUUUACCGCCAUCACAUGUCUCCGAUGUUAAUGAAGGGACCCCGUCUAUGUGUUCACUUUGUCGGUUUCCAGUUCUGUUUACCGCAAUCUGUGGGGGUGGCAGCGGUGGUGUACAAUAGUCAAUAUAACUGUAAUCUUUAGUAAUUGGGAAUUUGGGAUACCAUUUUCAACCAAUUGUAUGUAAAUAUGACGGUCCGGACAUCAAGUUUGGUUAAUAAAAUGACUGAUUCCAAUUGUAAUCUUAUCCAGUUUAUUAGAGAGAGUUGACUAGUUGACUAUAUUGACUUCCAUGUAAGUUUUUCUGUUACACACUGUUAAGAGUUAGUUAUGAUGUAUGUAGAUGUAUAUAGCCUAUAUAUAUAUAGAUGGUAUAGACUCACUUUGUACUUAACACAAAAUAAUGAAAAUCUAGUCUCUCUCUCUCUCUC